AUUAGCCGUUCUCCACGCGUUUCACAUCCCCGUUUUUGUUCUGGAACAGUCGAUGUGUUGUGCGCGACCCUAAAGAUUCCUGUAACAAUCGAAUUAAAUCAGCCGCAUCUGUUUGGAUUAUCGGUUUGCACUGCGGUAGGUGUGUUUGGUAUUGUGCGAACGGUUAUUUUUUGACUUGCCAAAUAAAAAAAACGCUUAAUCCGUCUAUUCAUUUGGGGCUCGGCGCCCGUACGCGAUGUACGACGGAUUGCGCAUUGCGCUACCAAAGGAGUAAAGCUUUUCACGUGCAAAAGAUACACAGGAUUUCAAUAACUCCAGCAUGCCUUAUUCAUAUGCCGAAGCUGUUUGUUUACUUAUUACUCUGAACUGUUUUCAACGCGUGACUUCUAAUGUAUCAAUGGAUCCGAGUUUAUCACUACAAAAUGUACAAUCAAUUACUCAAAAAGGGAUAGCUAUGCCGAGGCCAUACUUUGACGAUAUUUCACCACACAACGUGACGGCCAUUGUAGGACAAACAGCUAUUCUACACUGCAGAGUAAAACACAUAUCUGACAGAACGGUAUCUUGGAUGCGAAAACGAGAUUUGCAUAUUUUGACGUCCAGCAUACACACUUACACGGGCGAUAGCCGGUUCAGUGUGAUUCACCCGGAAAAGAGCGAACAGUGGGAUUUAAAGGUGGAGUUUGUUCAGAAAAGAGACGUUGGAAUAUAUGAAUGUCAGGUGAACACAGAACCCAAGAUAAACUUGGCCGUGCAACUGAACGUCGAAGGUACUGCUCAAGCAAACAUUCACGGGCCAUCCGAGGUGUACGUAAAAAAAGGCAGCACAAUCAGCCUGACGUGUUCAGUUAAUAUCCACUCGAAUCCUCCUAGUUCCGUGGUAUGGCUACAGGGAACUAAGGUAGUGGAUUUUGACUCGCCAAGAGGCCGGGGUGGCAUCAGUUUGGAAACGGAGAAAACUGAAUCGGGCACAACCAGUCGUUUGCUGGUCACAAAGGCUGGAUUAGCCGACACCGGUAACUACACGUGCCAGCCGAGCAACGCUAAUACCGCCACCGUCUUCGUGCAUGUACUUAACGGUGAACAUCCCGCAGCUAUGCAACACGGAGAACAUGGCGCUGGUUCUAAGCUAGCAGCAUGGUCUUGGACCCUUACAAUGGCUGGUUUUGCCCUUUCAUACAGAUGAUGUUAACAGUUUUAGAUACAUUCGACCCAUUUCGUCGCUCAGUGAGUUCAAAAAUAAAAUGUAUAUGACACAUUCAGUGGAAAUGUAAUAUUAUGACUCAUGCGUUUUGUAAUUUAUUUUUAUUUUUUAUUGUACAUUACAAUAAUUUGAAUAAUUUUGUGUACAAAAUAAUCAUUUAAAACCACAUUAUGAUGUUGCUUGUGAAGUGCGUUCAUUAUAUUAUUCGUUAGUGUACAACGAUUAUGUCAAAAAAUUAUCCGUUUGCCCCAAAAAUAUAAUAAUAUUGUCUUACCGAAGUAUGCCAUACUAGCUUUUUUUUUAUCAACCACUGUGCUAAAUAUUUAGCACACCAGUAUAAGUAGUUUCGUAAACUUUUUUAUUUGCUUUUAAGUUUUAAAAUAUGUUUAAUGGAACGUCUUUUUUAUUAUUCAUAUCCA